AUGGCGGCGUACACGUGUAUCACGUGCCGAGUGGUGUUCCGCGACGCAGAGAUGCAGCGGGCCCACUACAAGACGGACUGGCAUCGCUAUAACCUGCGGCGGAAAGUGGCCGAUAUGGCCCCGGUCACCGCCGAGGGCUUCCAGGAGCGCGUGCUGGCGCAGCGGGCCGUGGCGGAGCAGGAGAGCAAGGGCACCGCCACCUACUGCACCGUCUGCAGCAAGAAGUUCGCCUCGUUCAACGCCUACGACAACCACCUCCGGUCCCGGCGGCAUGUGGAGCUGGAGAAGAAGGCGGUGCAGAGGGUGAGCCGGCGCGUGGAGAUGCUCAACGAGAAGAACCUGGAGAAGGGGCUGGGCGCCGACAGCGUGGACAAGGAUGCCAUGAACGCGGCCAUCCAGCAGGCCAUCAAGGCGCAGCCGUCCCUGUCGCCGCGGAAGGUCCCCCCGGCACCGGCGGACGCGGCCAGGGCGGUGGGCGAGGGCCGCGGGGCGCACGAGCGGGACCCCGCCGACAAGCCGCCCCGGGUGCAGUGGUUCGAGCAGCAGGCGAGGAAGCUGGCGAAGCAGCGCGGGGCGGAGAGCGAGGGCGAGGAGGACGAGGACGGAGACGAUUGGGAAGAUCUGGAUUCUGAUGAGGAACUGGAGUGUGAGGAUGCUGAGGAGAUGGAAGAUGCCGAAGAAGAGGAGGAGGAGGAGGAGGAACGGGCUGAGACGCAGCCACCCCUCGGCGCCAUCCCUGUAACUGACUGCCUGUUCUGUUCUCAUCAUUCCUGCUCCCUGAUGAAGAAUGUGGCUCAUAUGACAAAAGUCCACAGCUUCUUUAUUCCUGAUAUAGAAUAUCUUUCAGAUCUUAAAGGACUGAUUAGGUAUUUGGGGGAGAAAGUUGGCGUUGGGAAGAUUUGCCUGUGGUGCAACGAGAAAGGGAAGUCCUUCUACUCCACGGAGGCCGUCCAGGCGCACAUGAACGACAAGAGCCACUGUAAGCUCUUCACAGACGGUGACGCGGCUCUGGAAUUUGCAGACUUCUAUGAUUUUAGGAGUAGCUAUCCUGAUCACAAGGAAGGGGACAGCACGGAGGAGGCUGAGGCGUUUCCCUCUGACAGGAACGUGGAAUACGAUGAUGACACGAUGGAGCUGAUUCUGCCUUCUGGUGCCAGAGUGGGUCACCGCUCCUUGAUGCGAUACUACAAGCAGCGCUUUGGGUUGUCGAGAGUUGUGGCAGUUGCUAAAAAUAAGAAGGCCGUGGGCAGAGUCCUCCAGCAGUACCGAGCCCUGGGCUGGAAGGGCAGCGCAGGUGCAGCCCUUAUGCGAGAGCGGGACAUGCAGUAUGUGCAGAGGAUGAAGUCCAAGUGGAUGCUGAAGACAGGAAUGCAGAACAACGCCACCAAACAGAUGCACUUCAGGGCCCAAGUGCGGUUCUGA